GCGGCCGGCCAACCCCAUGGCCGCCGUUCUGGUGCGUCGCGAGGCCCUCCGCAAGCGCAGCCGUGAGGACGACGAGGAGGAGCUGGAGGAGCCCGAGGCGCUCGACGCUGACGACCUCCUGGCGGAGGAGAAGCCCGUCGCCGUGUUCCGACCCAACGCCAGCCGCAAGCGCAAGACGUUCGACAUGCCCACGGGCCUCGCGCGCGUGAUCCGCCCCGUGGCCAAGCGGCCCAAGUCGAACGCCUACGAGCGCUCCGUCACAGCGCCCGCGUGUCUGAUGGGCAACCUGUCGCUCCACCGCACGAGGGACCAGCGGCAUGAGGAGGACGAGGCCAUCCCCGAGCUGGAGAGCGAGACGGAGAAGAGCAACGCGCCCUACCGCUCCGCCUCCAUCAACAUCCCCGAGAGCUUCCAGCCCAUCCACUGGCCUGGAGACGCCGCCGUGUCCUGCAGCUCCGGCGGACGCGAGCGCUCCCAGUCGUGCUCGUCGUCGUCUUCCUCCAAGUCGUGGGCCAGCGGCCUCGGCCUCUUCUGUCGCCGCAGUAUCGACGUGUCGUCCCCACUGCGCGUGCACUUCAGCGACCUCGUGCUGCGCUCAUCGACCGGGAGUUACACGGGCUCGUGAAGACUCGACUUCGUACCGAGCUUCGGUUAGUUCCUUCUCAUCCUCACUCCCAGCACACAAAACCCCU